AUGACCCGAAAAGAGGUCCUUGUAACCUUUAUUCUUGGCGUGACAAUUUCCCUGUCGGCCAAUUUCCAAUACGGCUUCUCCUCCACCUACCUCAACACGCCGGUCGACGAAUUUAAAGACCAUUUCAACCAGUCAUUCGUCAAAUGGGGCAAGAAUUUGUCGUCGGACAAUAUUGAUUUGGUCUAUAAUUUGAUCUCAAACAUUUGGUUUGUUGGGUUUUUCAUGGGGAUUUGGUUGAGUCCGCUGCUGAACGAUCGAUGGGGAAGAAGGGUCGGUUUCCUGAUCGGCAACUCAUUCUCCCUACUCGCCUCCUGCCUCCGAGCCCUAUCCAUCGUCACCUAUCAACCGGAAAUCCUAUUCGUCGGUCGAUUACUUGCAUCUGUAUGCACGGCCGUUACCUACCAAUCGAAUAUUUUGUAUUUACAGGAGGUCUCACCAACGAAAUAUCGAGGCUUUAUGUCGUUCCUCUCGGAAAUUUGUUAUGCCGGGAUGGCGCUGCUGGGGAUGUUGUUGGGGACUGAUCAAGUGUUGGGAAAGCACUUGUUUUGGCUGCUUUUUGUUGGCGUGCCGGCUUCUUCUCUUGCCCUCAUAGCCCUCUAUUUCCUUCCGGAAACUCCAAAGUUCUUGCUCAUCGUCAAAAAGGAUCGGGUAGCAGCUGAAAAAUCAGUGAUCUACUACCAUGGAAAAACAUGUGAUACCCAAUAUGUGCUGGACGAGAUUCAAUUGGAAGCCGAGAGCGAAAAAGAUGAAGCCUCUUUCAAGCAGGGAACCAUCGAUAUGUUCACUAUACCUCACCUACGGAGGGCGCUAUUUUUAAGUUGCGCCGCUUUGCAGAACACCGUCGCUCUAUGGUCGUUGCUGCUAAAUUCUACCCAAUUCUUGCAGGACGCCGACGUAAACGACUGGGACAAACAGCUCUCAAAAUGGACUUCCACUGCCAUGGCAUUAUUUUAUUUUGGCUCCACAAUGAUGGCCAGUGCGGUUGUGGAAAGGGCUGGUCGUCGCCCACUCCUGCUGUGGUUUACCGCAUUAAACAUGCUGUCCAUAGCAUCUUUCGUUGUAUUUGCUGAGUUACGGAAUUCCGUUAACGUUCUCAAAUACGGAUGCGUAUUCUCGUUGAUAUUUUAUGGAUUUACUUAUGGCGGAGCUGUCGGUCCAGUUUCCUGGUUCAUCCCUGCCGAGCUGGUCCCGCAGCGAUACCGUAGCCUCAAUCAAUCCCUAUCCUACGCCAUCAAUACCGUAUCCGUUGUGGCAACAACAUUUACAGUAAUUCCGUUGUAUAAUGCUAUGGGAUCUUACGCUUUCCUCGUGCUCUACACGGCCCCUUCAGUGGUAUGCAUAAUAUACCUCUACUUCUAUCUGCCGGAAACGACCGGAAGAGAAAUCCACGAAAUUGUCGACGAAUUAAAAGGCAAUAAAAAGAAGAAGCAAAAGGUCUACCGAGUUGAAUUUCCGGAUUUGGGAAAGAAACCUGUGGAGGGAGUC